AUGGGCGAGUGGUACAAGCGGCGCGGCAUUCCGCACCGGCGCGGCUACAUGCUCUACGGCGAGCCCGGCUGCGGCAAGAGCAGCUUCGCCACGGCGCUGGCGGGCGAGCUGGGCCUCAACCUCCUGGCCAGCGCGAGCCUCGACGACGACUCGCUCCAGGAGUUCCUGCGCAAGAUGCCCAAGGGCAGCAUCCUCCUGCUCGAGGACAUCGACGCCGCCUUCAUCCAGCGCACGAAGAAUGUCGGCCAGUCGCACAGCAAGAACAAGGUCACCUUUAGUGGCCUUCUCAACGCGCUCGACGGUGCCGUGGCGUUCGAGGGCUCGCUGGUGCUGAUGACCACGAACCACCGCGAGCUGCUCGACCCGGCGCUCACCCGGCCGGGACGCGUGGACAUGGCGAUCUACGUGGGUCUGGCCCGCCGAGACCAAGUGCGCCGCCUGUUCGCCUACUUUUACCACCCGUGGGAGGCCCAGAAGAACGAACGCGACGACAGCGAAGACGACAAGAAGAACGACAACAACGGCAAGGGGCGCCUAGCUGAGUUGGACGAGCUGGCGCGACGGUUCGCGGAGCUGGUGCCCGAGGAGAGGCUGUCGAUGGCGAGCCUCCAGGGCUUCCUGCUGAGGCAUAAGCUCGACCCGCAGGCGGCGAUCGACAACGUGGAGCGGUUCGUCGAGGCCGAGCAGGAGCGCAUCAAGAAUGAGAAGGCCGCCAGACGGAAGAACAAGAAGGCAGCAGACGACAACGACAACGACAACGAUGAUCAAAAUGACGAGGCCAAGGUCGACGAGAACAAGGAAGAGGAGGGGGAGAAGGAGGUCAAGAUCGCCGAGGCCAAGGUAGGAGAGGUCAAGGAGAAUGAAGUGGCAGCUGACCAGCUCGAGGGGAUUGUAAGUGCCUCCGCCACAUCCGCCUGA